AUGGGCUCCAAGCUCGUGAAGAUGGUGUACAAAGCAGGCGGCGGCUCAGAGACCAUCGACACCAGCAGCGAGGAGAGGGGAAGCUGGUCGGCGACAGACGAGGAGGUCACGGCCUUGUCUGAGAUGGCUGUGAAGAUCGAGAAGCACUAUGGACGGCCCAUGGACAUCGAGUGGGCCCGGGACGGAGAUGAUGGCAAGCUGUACAUUGUGCAGGCCCGUCCGGAGACGGUUGCAUCUCAGAAGAAGGUAGGCGUCAUUGAGGAGUACAAGAUGCUGGAGAAGGGUGGAGAGACCGUUGCAGAGGGCCGUGCUGUGGGCAAGCGAAUCGGCAGUGGCAAGGUGAACAUUUUGACCAGCAUUGACCAGAUGUCCGAGUUCAACGAGGGCGAGGUGCUGGUGGCAGACAUGACGGACCCUGACUGGGAGCCCAUCAUGAAGAAGGACCUGGGUGAGCUUCCCGAGGUAGGCUUGAAGAUCAUGAUGAACGUUGGCAAUCCGGAGACGGCCUUCAGCUUCGGUCAGCUCCCCAACGAGGGCAUUGGCCUGGCGCGUCUCGAGUUCGUCAUCAACAACGCCAUCGGAGUGCACCCCAAGGCCCUCCUGAACUACGACACCCUGGAUGCCGAGACCAAAGCCUUGGUCGAUGACCGCAUGAGGGGCUACGGCAGCCCCAAGGAGUUCUACAUCAACAAGAUUGCUGAGGGUGUGGCCACCCUGGCUGCCUCCGUGUACCCCAAGCGCAUCAUUGUGCGCCUGUCCGACUUCAAGUCCAAUGAGUACAAGAGCCUGAUUGGAGGAGAGCAGUAUGAGCCUGAUGAGGAGAAUCCCAUGAUUGGCUUCCGUGGCUGCGGGCGGUACACUGACCCCUUCUUCGAGGAGUGCUUCGCCAUGGAGCUGGAGGCCGUGAAGAUUGUGCGCGGUGAGAUGGGCCUGAAGAAUGUCGAGAUCAUGAUCCCGUUCGUGCGCACCCUGGACAUGGCCAAGGAUGUCAACGAGGUCCUCGAGAAGAACGGCCUGAAGCGAGGUGAGGACGGGCUGAAGGUGAACAUGAUGGCCGAGCUGCCCAGCAACGUCUUCUUGGCCGAGGAGUUCCUGGAGUACUUCGAUGGAUUUUCCAUCGGCAGCAACGACCUUACGCAGCUGACACUGGGCCUGGACCGUGACUCCGGCCUGGUUGCACAGUACUUCGACGAGAGAAAUCCAGCAGUCAUGAAGGGUCUGGAGACUCUGAUCAAGGCCGCCAAAGCCAAGGGCAAGUACGUCGGCAUCUGCGGCCAGGGCCCUUCGGACCACCCGGACCUCGCUAAGUGGCUCAUGGACCAGGGCAUCGACUCCGUGUCCUUGAACCCCGACUCCGUCAUCCCGACCUGGCA